AUGAAACAUUUUCUGGUUUCUCUGUGUCUCCUGGGAACUUGUCUACAUGUCUCGUCUCAAUGCACUGUCCCAGCCUCAGAGUUUCAGCUGAAAGGAGAUUAUUUGUUGGGUGGACUUUUUGAUAUUCAUCAUGAUAGUGCCCCUGUUACUCAUGACAGACCAGAAGCCAUCAACUGCACCAGUAAACCCUUAAUUCAUUCAAGUUUUCGGAGGUUUCAGAUGAUGAGAUUCGCUGUAGAGGAAAUCAAUAACUCCACCAACCUCCUGCCAAAUGUAUCUCUCGGCUAUGAGAUAUUUGACGAAUGCUCAGAUACGCACAAUUUCCCAGGCAUUUUCAACCUCAUAUCAGUCAACGGCUUGAUCCAACCUUGGGGUGAACCUCACAAGAAUCUGUCCAAAGUGAUGGCAGUGGUCGGUCCUUAUACAAGCCCUAAGGCCCUGACUGUAGCCCCACUUUUCAUGAUGAAUCUCAUUCCUAUGAUCAGUUAUGGAGCUGCUAGUUCUGUCUUUUCAAGAAAAAUGAAUUUUCCCUCUUUCUUACGAACAGUGCAUCCCAAUAAAGACGUCAUAGAAGGGAUUAUUAACAUUGUGCAGCACUUCAACUGGCGCUGGGUUGCUUUCCUUUACAUUAAUGAUGCUUAUGGCAUUGAUGGCCUGGAAUUAUUCUUGAAGAGGAUUAAGGAAACUGAGAUCUGUGUGGCGUACACCAAAGGCCUCAAUCAAUAUACAGAUCACUACCAAGUAUUCAAACAGAUACAGGCACAGAAGAUAAGUAUCCUUAUUGUUUUUGCUCCUGAAUGGACUGUUGCAGCUCUCAUUACGUCAGCAAUCAAACAAAAUGUCACCAACAAAGUGUGGAUAGCAGGGGAUGCAUGGUCCUUAAACAAGAAGCUCCGCAAGAUGACAGGAAUCAAAAAUAUUGGAACUGUAAUUGGGGUUGCUGAACCAGCACUAAUAAUACCUGGUUUCAGUGAUUUUAUCUAUUCCUCCAGAAGCCAGACUCAUUGUGAAAAUGCAGAACAAAAUAUGUUUUGUAAUCAAGUUUGCAACUGCAGCAGCAUGAGUGCAGAAGAUGUCAUCGCUGCAGACCCAUCUUUUAAUUUUCCUGUUUAUACUGCUGUAUAUGCCAUCGCUCAUGCCUUGCACAACGCAUUGCAAUGUGGAUCUGGCAGAUGUUAUGACAAUAUUACAGUGCACCCAUACAUGGUUCUAGCAGAGCUGAAGAAGUCACAUUUUACACUUUUAAACCAGAGUAUUCGGUUUGAUGAGAACGGUGACCCCAACUACGGAUCCUAUUCCAUAGUUUACUGGAACAACCGUGGUGAUGCAGAGGAGAUCGGCUCUUUUCAUUUUCCCCCAUCACUCCAUUUCUCCAUCAACAACAGCAAGAUCCAGUGGUACACAAACGGAGAAGCGCCUACUUCAGUGUGUUCCCCAGAAUGCCGUGCAGGAUUUACAAAAAGGUUUACUGGAACCCACAAAUGCUGCUUCGAUUGUGAAAUCUGUUCAACUGGAACUUAUGUCAACAUCACAGGAGAUCCCUACAGGUGCAUCAGCUGUAAGGAGACAGAAUGGUCUGCAGCAGGAAGUACAUCAUGCAACCUGCGGGUGGUGGAGUACGUCCCAUUCACAGACACUGGGGCUAUACUGAUCAUGGUCGGGGCCUGGGCCUUGGUGGGCCUCACACUAGCCGUGUCCGUUCUCUUUGCCAUCAACUACAACACACCUGUUGUCAGAUCUGCUGGGGGACCAAUGUGCUUCCUAAUCUUAGGCUGCCUCAGUCUGUGUAGUCUUAGUGUGUUCUUUUACUUUGGUAAGCCAACAAUUGCCUUUUGUAUCUUAAGGUACUUACCAUUCCUCUUGUUCUACACCGUUUGUCUCUCGUGUUUUGUUGUGCGCUCUUUCCAAAUUGUUUGCAUUUUCAAAAUAGCCGCCAAGUUCCCCAAACUCCACAGUUGGUGGAUGAAAUAUCAUGGACAAUGGCUGGUCAUUGCUGUGGCAUUUGUUAUUCAGGCACUCUUACUUCUCUUUGGAUAUUCUUUUGCCAUCUCAAAGCCCUACAAAGAUACAUUUGGGUACCCAGACAAAAUCAUACUUGGUUGUGACAUUGAUCUCAAAGCGUCCUCUGGUCCUUUGGUUUUACUUUUAUCUUUGUGCUUCCUUUGCUUUAUUUUCUCUUACAUGGGAAAAGACCUCCCAAAAAAUUACAAUGAAGCCAAAGCAAUAACCUUCUGCCUGCUCCUGCUGAUCCUCACCUGGAUCAUCUUUGCUACUGUAAACGUGCUUUACCAUGGCAAGGACAUCCAAACACUAAACGCUCUGGCAGUACUCUCCAGUCUCUACUACUUUCUGUUGUUUUAUUUCCUCCCAAAAUGCUACAUCAUCAUUUUUCAAUCGUACAAAAACACUCAGGAGUAUUUCCAAGGUCUGAUUCUGAAUUAUACCAAAACAAAUAGCCAGUAAUAGCUUGAAGUAAAUGUGUUACUGUACAGAAUACAGAAUAACUUAUGUAAUUCAAGCUUCGGGAUGGUUGGCAUCUCUUAGUCGUACUCAGAGCCUCUGACUUCUUAAACUAUGUUAAGACUAAGAGUCUACAGUGGGGUGACUCGACACACCGGUCUUUAUUGGCCUGUCCCCAGCUGG